AUGUACUUGGCAGUUUCGGAGACGACGAUCAGCUCAGUCUUGGUCCUCGAAGAAGAUGAAAAGCAACUCCCAAUUUACUAUGUUAGCAAGGCAUUGCUGGAUGCAGAAACCCGCUAUAGCCAACUGGAGAAAUUAGCCUUGUCACUUGUUAGUGCAGCUCGAAAGCUAAGACCGUACUUCCAAAGUCAUUCAGUAGUAGUCAUGACAUCAUUUCCACUAAAACAAAUACUCCAUAAACCUGAGUUGUCUGGACCAUUAACCAAAUGGGGCGUCGAAUUAAGUAAAUAUGAUAUUUCCUUUGCACCCUGCACUACCAUCAAAUCUCAGGUUUUGGCCCAAAGAGAACUUCUCUGCUUGAUGGAUGGACCAGCAACGGGCAUAUGGAUGCUCCAAGUAGACGGAUGGAGCAACAUCAAUGGCACAGGACUUGGCAUUAUCUUAACAUCACUGGAAGGAGAUCAAAUAGAGCAGGCGAUUAGGCGUGAAUUCAAGGCAACCAACAAUGAGACAGAGUAUGAAGUACUCAUUACUGGACUGGUCUUAGCAAAAGAGAUUGGAAUUACCCGAAUACAUGUCUGCAGUGAUUCUCAGCUCAUUGUAAACCAAAUACAGGGCACAUUCCUUGCCAAAGACACAAAGAUAACGUCCUACCUAGAGUUGGUCAAGCGGCUCUGUAAAGAGUUUGAUGAGUUCCUUAUCAUUCAAGUCCCACGAACUGAAAAAAUCCAAGUAGAUGCACUAGCCAGCCUCAAAGCAAUUACGAAUACGAAACAAAGUAAGGUAAUCCCGAUAGUUUACUUGCAAUGGCCAGCAGUUCAAAAAUUCGACGAGAACAAUAGUAUUCAUUCAUUCGAGGAACAAUCUUGGAUGACACCGAUCAUCAAGUACCUCCAAAAUGAUGAGUUGCCACCAGACAAGAAUAAAGCUCGACGAAAUAAGGCUAAGGUUGCAAGAUUUUACAUUAUAGACGAUAAACUGUAUAGGAGAUCAUUCUCUAGACCCUAUCUCCGAUGCAUCAGCAAUGCAGAGGUCGAAUAUAUCUUGGCUGAACUUCACGAAGGGGAGUGUGGUAAUCACUUGGGAGCCCCGGAGCCUGGCGCAUCAUGCCAACGAUUCGCCAAUGUCUCCCACCUCCCACCAGAACGGCUCAACCCCGUUCUUUCACCUUGGCCUUUCAUAAAAUGGGGGAUGGACAUUAUUGGAAAACUCCCCUCUGCUCCAGGACAACGAGUUUUUGUACUGGCAAUCAUAGACUAUUUCACAAAAUGGAUUGAAGCCAAGGCACUCUCAAAGAUACAUGAUCGUAAAGUUAUCCAAUUUAUCUGGAAAAAUGUGAUAUGCAGAUUUGGAGUCCCAAAGGAAAUAGUCACGGACAAUAGGACACAGUUCAUAAGCACUGGGUUUCAAAAUUUCUGUAAAGAGUGGAACAUCAAGCUUAACUUCUCCACUUCGCGAUAUUCCCAAGCCAAUGGUCAGGCUGAAUCUUCCAAUAAGACUGUCAUGACAUUAAAGAAAAGACUAUCUGAGGCUAAAGGAAAAUGGGCAAACGAGUUGCCUAGGUCCUUUGGUCCUAUUGCACCACCAUUCGAACACCCACUGGUGAAACACCCUUCUCGUUAG